AUGCUUGGAGCUCUGUUUCACAAGAUGAAUGGCAGAACGCGUGGUCGAACUUCGGAUGAGGUGCCGUUCCUGGCCGACGAGGAAAAAGACAGCUUGGACUUAUCACAGUCGCCGGCAAGGCGCGAUAGAUGGGCCAAGUGGUUUAUUUUAUCUUCUGUCCUCAAUAUUACAGUUCUGAUACCCAUCUUUGCCAAUUGGAGACUACUCGGGCUGGGCCCUAAGAAGGCGUACAUACCCAAUGAGAUAUACUCACCUGCACAGUCAGUCAUAGAGUAUGAGACGGUUCUUUUCACAGGUGGCCUCAAAGGAGACCCGUCGCCGUACAUGGGCUCGUCCGGCGAAGUCGAUGCCAAGUGGGAAGAACUAUACGGCAAAGCGGCCGUGUCCCAAAUCGAUGCGGCCAUGGCGGCCAAGCUCCCGAACGCGACGACGCCGUUUAACGAGGACCCGAGCCACUACAUUGUGACACUCGACGUCUUCCACCAGCUGCAUUGCCUCAACAUGAUGCGCAAGCUCGUGUACCCGGACGUCUACCCGAAGGAUCUGACAUCAGGGUCGGCCGAGAGCAGGGACAAUGUCGUCCACUUUGAGCACUGCUACGAGCAGCUGCGGCAGUCGCUCCAGUGCCACUCGGAUGUGAGCACCAUCUUUUGGGAGUGGAGUGAGAGACGGAAGAGGUAUCUAGGGAAUGCGCACACGACGCACACGUGCAGGAGCUUUGAGAAGAUUCGGCAGUGGGGGAAUGAGAACAGAGCGCGGACGGAUCUGGACUUUUAUACCAAGGUCGAGGGAGCACCCAUCUACCAAGAGGCAGAUUAA